AUGCAGCUACGCUCGCGACUCGUGUCCAGCCCCGCUAUAUGCCAGUCUCCAUUCGCUCCGUCGUCACCAACUACAGAUGCGACGAUUUCAUUGCAAACUGUAACUUCCUCGCUUCAGAAAGACCCAAGAUCGGACCUUCUGGAGCUCCCACUGCCACGUCGUCGAGAUCGCACCCCUUUACGCACUGCUCGUAGUGCAAUGAGCGUCAAGAAACGCCGACUUUCGAGCGGCGACGAGGACUCCGAGGAGGCCAAAAGACGACGAUUUCGACUACUGCAAUCCGCUUUUGGGCCUGAAGAUAUUGUGGACGAGUCCAAUUGGAUCACGGGCACAUUCAUCGACCUGAUGCUCUGGAAGUUCGCCAACGAGUAUCCGGCCGUGCAUUUUAUGCCUACCGCCUUCUAUCACUUCCAUCUGGAGGCGGCAAUGCAAACCACGGGAUCUCCUUGGCGACGCAGCUUCAGAACCAAGAGAGACUACCAAGUGCGAGACGUUCACGGACGCCUCGUGGACUAUGGCAGUGACACGCCGUUGGUGUUCGUUGUGAACGUUGAUGGUAUUCAUUGGAACUUGUUCCGAGUGCAGCUAAGCCCCACACCGAAGCUGCAGCUGUUCGAACCGAUGGGGAGACUAGCGUCGAGGUCCGGGAUCUCGUACCGAUCAGUGCCUCGAGCGGUGAUCGAGUGGCUGGAUGUGUGCUACCCGCAGCACAAAUGCUGGCUGGGGCACACGGUAAGUGCCAUCACGAACAAGCAGCAGAUCAGUGGGUUCGACUGUGGCGUGGCGUGUCUGCUGUACGCGGACCUGUGUGGACGCGGACAGACUGGAGAGGAGAUUAACGACAAGAUCGACCAGAAGGCCAUCACGUCCUUCCGCAAGAAGCUGCAGCGGUAGCUCGGAGCGUACGGCGUUGGCUUGGAGAAGCUAUGGGUCGCGUGAUCUUCAAUGCACCUUUGAUAAUUAAUAAAGCUCUUGAGAUUUUAUAGUGAAACGAUACCAUAAGAUACGGGCGAGGUGGCCGAUCUAGCUCUUGGCUGUGAAGACAAUGAGUGGAAGUGGGGAACCUACGGUCACCCGUCUGAUAGACAGCUUAUGGAGUACGUAGAGUGAUGGGUAUCGGCAUGUCGCG